UAUAGACGUGUUUUUGCGCGAGCUGAUUCGGUCGCGCGUUUUUAUCGCUGCAAUCGUGUGUUUUCCAAGAGCCUGAAAUUGGAACUGAGUUGCUCAGUAGCAGUGUAUUGAGUCUAGAAUCGUACCGUUUUUAUGGUGCGCCUGUUAUCCGCGUGCGCGUAAGACAAACAAACGGAUUUUAAUCAAACCAUUUUUGUGCGCAAUUUUCGGUGGAAACAAGUCAAGUCGGUAUGCAGAUACCAGAAACAGCCGAGAAAGUAAGUUCAAUCGCUGCAGACGACAAAAAAUGUUUUUUUUCCUCAAGCAAACACUAAAGGACCGAAGGUGAAUUACAACAAAUAAUCGCAUAACAAGCUAGGAGAAUAUCGAUCCAAAAGAAACGAGAAGAUUAUUAAAGAAGAAAAGAAGGUUGUUUCAAAGCGGAUAGAAGAAAAGUUUCACGUUUCGGAGAGCUCACUGUUAUAGCGGAGGAUGAAUGUUAUUAUUUUUAUGAGCUGAGCGCUGUGUUCUCCUUGUCGGGUUUUGUUGGCGAUCAUUGAAGUCAUUGACGGAGGCGGUGGCGACGGCGGCUGCGCUGCGAAUGCUUGUGUGCGCGGUGGAAUGUGUAGCGGGAUCACGGUGCCUGGUUUUCUCCGGCAUUAUUGGUGAUGAUGCUUGUUUUCGAUACGUUUUCCGGAUUGAAAUGAUGUGAAGAAAUACUCGUAAGUGGUAACGUACAAACAUUAGAGCCAUUUUUUCGGAAGAAACAGCUGUUCUCAGUACGACAACAUGUAAAUUUAGAUGCAGUGAAGUGAUGUUUGAUUUUUUAGCGUGAUUGCAAAGUGCUGUUGACAUGAUUUGAUUGUAACUAGACUGAAAUGAUUGUUUGCUUAUGCUGAAUGCUUUACACGAGAGAGAUCCCAGCAUCUACACCAUUUACAUCGAACAAAAGAAUUGUACCGACGAUGGCCCAUAAUAGUGUGUACAUUUUACUUCUUCUGCUGACUGUGGCAUGCAGCAAAGUGAGGUGCACAUCGGAAUUUGCAGCCUUGCGCACGUGUGAACCGAUUAGAAUCGAACUGUGUCGUGGGAUCGGAUACAAUGAAACAUCCCUGCCGAAUCUGGUUGGCCAUGAACUGCAAUCGGAUGCAGAUUUCACGCUGCAAACGUUUUCGCCUCUGAUCCAGUACGGGUGCAGCAAGCAAUUAAAAUUCUUUUUAUGUGCAGCCUAUGUACCAAUGUGUACACCUAAAGUGCCUCUCCCCAUUGGGCCGUGUCGAGGUCUUUGUUUAACCGUUAAAACUCUUUGUCACCCAAUCCUGCAAGGGUUCGGAUUUCCGUGGCCAUCGGCGCUAGACUGCAACCGAUUCCCGGAGGAAAACAACCACGAGCACAUGUGCAUGCAAGGGCCUGGGGAACCGACGGACGUCGUAAUGAUCUCCAAAAAUGAUCGGCCUACGUGCCAAGGGUUGAUCAAAUCCCAUCUAUACGUCCGGUUAAACCGAUCGGGUCGAUGCGCGCCGCUUUGUGAGGCGGACAUUAUGUUCGAGCAGAACGAGAAACAUUUCGCCGAAGUUUGGCUAACGUCGUGGAGUGUAGCUGCACUCUUUACGGCAAUUGUAGCGACAUUGUGUUUGAUCCUGGCCACUAAACGCUGGGAUAAGAUUCUUAUGCCCCUAAUCAUUAGUCAUUGCUUGGUCACGGUUGGCUGGGCCGUCCGGUGGCUGGCCGGACGCAAUGCAACUGCUUGCGGCUAUGAUACACAGCUUCCGGGCGUUUCGCUUCUGCUAACGGAUGGCCUUAUGACGGCACCAUGUGCGGCCACUUUCCUGCUUCGGUACUACUUCGGAAUGUCGGCUGCUGUUUGGUGGGCGAUUCUUUGCCUGCGUUGGAGCAAAUCGGUACGUCGGUUGCUGAACACGGAUCUGAACGGUGAUCCCCAUUCGGAAAAGUCAGAGUCAUCAUACAAUACACUGCUUCAGCUGGCCGCCUGGGGACUACCGGCACUGCAAACCGUGGUGGUGCUGGUGGUGCGACUUGUCGAUGCAGAUGAACUAUUUGGCUCCUGUUUCAUCGGAAACCAGUCCGACAGAGCACUGCUCGGCUUCGUCGUGGUCCCCUUACUUACCUACUGGGUCAUCGGUUCGGGAUACCUCUUCACGGCGUACUUACGGAAACGUUCCUCGUCGAUCCUGUUGGUCAACAAUCUUCCGGUGCACAUCACUGGAAUGGGACAGUUCCUGUUCAUCUACUCAGUUCCGAGCUUUCUGCUGUUGGUGAUAAUGUUCUACGAGUUUGCCUAUCGAGAAAACUGGCUGAAUGUUCCGCAUCCAUCGCUGGAACCGGUGUCCUCGGUUAAAGCACCCAUCUGGCCGUUCAUCCUGCGGGCGGUGAUAGAGCUGCUGGUGGGUGUGCUGGCAUCCGCGUGGGCUGUUGGUCCCCGAAUUGCCGGUCUCUGUCGCAGUAAGAUCAAUCAUCCAGUUUACAAGCAGCCGCAACCAAAGUUUCCCCAAUCACCCUAUUCGACGGCAUCGUAUCAGACGGUUUGCCCGCAGAACUCGCUGGUAUCGGUGUCGUUGGGUAAAAUUCCUCCACGACACGCAAGGAAAUAUCCCUCCCAUUCUCACAUAAAUCGAAAACCACGUACUUACAAGGCGUCCUCGCAAACGAUGAGCCUGACCGGUAACGAGACCGUGCUGUGAUGGGAGUUCCGGGGACUGUAAAUUAUGCGAACCAAGCGGACAAAACAGGGAUCCGACCGAACGGAAUGAUCAAUUAUCGGCGUACAUGUUACGUCGGCUAAAAAUGUGAUAUUAAGUUUAAGAUGAAGUUUAAAUUAUUUCAUUUCGAGUUUCAGGCGUACUUCUGUGUGGAGACUAUAGGUUAAGGCAUGGUGUACUUUUUUGUGUAAAAGUAACAACUAGCAAGUUUUUAGGUUUAAUACUUAAGGAAAGUUUAAUUAUAUGUUGUAAAAACUAUAUCUUGCGCACGGACUGGCUGCGGAUGAGAAUGCUGAGGGAUAAAACAGCACAAUCGAGCGGUAAUGAAUAACAAGCAAUCUACAUACAUGUCAGUGAUGUUGGGGCGCGGAUCGCUUGCAGGUCGAUCGGUACAUUGCGUUACGUUCACGUUUAUGGGCCUUAGCAUGCACGAGAACGGUGUGCUCGUUGGGUGCUGCACACAUGCGGGUCGUAAAUUGGUUAUGGCGUAGUUGUUAAGCGACUUUAACAGGGAUGGUGAAAAAGAAAAAAAUAUAUCGGGCCGACUUCUGAGAUCAUGCACUUUUGCUCUGGUCGGAUGGCGCACCGUGGCGUGGGGGGAGUUGGGACGAUUGCUUGAGUUUUUUUUUAAAUUUAGGCAGAUUGGUUGUUAACCAGUUCCGAUUUGGUGAAAUGUUGUUCCGGUGUAAUACUAAUGAAACAAUAUUGUAUCAUUUAAAAACCUAGAGAUUGUUGCGGUAGCUUAUUUUUUAUACUUUUCGCAUGGAUCCGGAUUCAAAAAAGGGACGUCAUGUAGAUUAGACAGGCACAAAUAUUUAUUUUUUUUGGAACAUACUAAUUCAAAUGGUAAUUAGCUCCACAAAUCAUAAACCAAACAUGAGUUUUUUCAGAUAGCUCUAGUUUACUCACGAGUUUCCUUGAUGUUAUAUAUAUGGACAAAUGAAAAUAAAACAUCAAAUUUCAUGAACCGUUCCAUAUAGACUCUGCAUACCGUAAAACUUAAAACCGCACAGUUGAUUUUAAUACAAAAAAAUGUUAAAUUUUCCUUAAAUGUUCUAUUCUGAACAUUUGCGAGAGAAAGACAUAACACAUCAUAAUUGAAUAUUUACAACUCCAACAACAUUAUGCGAUCAAAUUGAAAUUUUCGGGAUUGUUGAUCCUACAACCUUAAAUUAAUAUCAAUGGUGAUACGUGGGACCAAAAAAGUAAACUAUCGCCAAAGAGGUGAUACUAUCAUUUUGUCGGUUUAAAUAGCAAAAACAAAUUUUAAUUUAAUAAUUUCAAAUACUAUACGAUGUUUUGACUUUCGAUCACUGAACCAUGCAAUA